AUGCCAGCGGCAGUCCGAGGCCCUGCGACCGGUCGCUUCUAUAGAGCCUUUCAUGCUUGGUCCAGCAUAAACAACGUCUCGCACCAACAACAACGAUGCUUCGUACCGACCGCCUCACUCUACGAGACCGAUGACGCCGGCUCACAAGUCUGGAAAUAUAAGGCGAAAGAGGACGGAAAGCAUGUGAUACAUGUCGCCAUGCCGCAGGCUCGUUUCGAGCGUAUGCAGCAGCAUCCUACCUACUUUCAAAGGAUGCACGCUGGAGUCAAUGCCACCCUCGAACCCCAGGGAGCCCCGACACCAGACGGUUCUCGCAUUAUCCGUGUCGAAGCUCCCAACUCAAAGACUUGCGCCUAUGUCAGACAGCUUCUCCGGCGGCACGCUGACGACCAGCAAGCUCUUGACAACACUGUCUUCAAGAUGGAUAGACGUGCUCUUAAGAAUCGCACCAUCGACUUGAAAAUAGAAGUAUCACACGAUAGAGCCGGCUUACUCGAGGACAAUGCCAACGAGUUGGAGUUGCGCAUUGAAGAGAAAUUUUCGGUACAAUUGAACUUUGUACCCAGCCUGGAGCCCGUCGAUGGUAUACGCACCAUAGCCAUAAUCGGUCGGCAUCCAAACGUAAACGCCGCUAAGGAUUUCAUAAAUUCUCUGCAAAAUGACUUGGAACAGUCAAUCCAAAUCGAAGAACAAAAAUCCGACAAAUCACUCGGGACAUCGCCUGAGCCAUCUUCUGUGGGCUUGAAACCAGAAGACAAGCCUGCAACUAUCAAGGAUAUGUACAAAUCCACCAUGCGCAGCGUCCCAUCCAGCGUUGUCGUCUUGACUACUAAGACUUCGUCUUCAGCUUCUGACAUUGACUCGCUCCGUGGCAUGACAGUCUCGUCCUUGACUUCUGUCACUCUUGAACCAGAACCCAUUGUUUCUUUCAGUAUCCGAGGGCCAAGUCGUACGCUUGAUUGCAUUACCGCUGGCCAGCCUUUCACCGUCAAUUUUCUGAGUGCCCACAGUGUAGGCGCACAAAUCGCCGACAUCUUCUCCAAGCCUCACGAUCAUCCUUCUCAGCCUUUCCAUGCUGUCAGAGCUUUACAAUUGGUUACUAAAACCUUCGGGCUAGGCAACGGUUCUGGUCCGCCAUGUCUUGGUGGAAAGAACGUUCCCGCGCGCUUUACGUGCGAGCUGUUGCCUGGGAAGUCACUCGAGAUUGGUGACCACACUGUCAUUUUCGCCAGAGUCACCGACGUUUGGAGGUCUCAAAAGUAUCUCGAUUCACAGCGCAAUCUACCCACUUUCCUUACUUAUGCUCAAGCCGGCUAUCGCACUCUGGACCCCCUGCCAAUAAAGUCACGUAAAUCGAAGGCUCUCAAGCCUGACCAGACCGGAAAGUCUGCUCUUAGCACAUCAGAGGCACCAAUAUCACAACUUCCACAGACAGAAGUAAAGCCUCAGGAAACUCAAGCUUUUGAUGAGGAUGUUUCUGCAGAGAUCACCAAGCCUGAUAUUACCGACGAUGUCGUAGAUGCAUAUUGGCGCAUGGCUUUGGAUGAGGGUGAGGAAGAUAGCGUCCUCGAGGAGCGUGCUGCUGAUCAGCGUGCUUUGGGUGAAGCCCAAAGACCAGCCGAUCAUCCUGCUGCGGAUGUUGAAGACGACUUUCUUUACGACCCGCUGUCUCCGAAAAAGCAGGAGAAGUGA